AUGCGUCCAAUCAGUAACCAGAAGAAAGAGGAUGUGAAACAUCUUCUACAACAAGGUACAUCAUACCGCCAAAUCUCUACACUCACCGGUGUAUCCCUUGGAGCUAUUCGAGCUAUUCGAACGGACCUCAAUGUCGACAUUGAACUUAAUGGAGCUGGUCGAAAGCGCAUAAUGUCAAGCAAUGACAUUCGUGUUAUCAUUCGGAAACUCGUAACUGGCGAAUACAAGAGUAUUGAAGAUGCAAGCCGUCAGCUCCGAGCUACCUACCCCAACAAGGUGACCCCAAGUGCUGAAACGAUUCGUCGUGAAAUGAAGCGUCUCAAUUACACCGCAAUUAAGAAGCCCAAUGUGUUGCCAUUGACCCGAUCGCGUCGCAAUGCACGAUUCUGGUUCGCGCAAGCAUAUCGUUCUUGGACUGUAGAGGACUGGAAACGUGUUGUUUCCAGCGACGAGACAAAAGUGAACCGUUUGGGAAGUGAUGGCCUUCAUUGGACUUGGAUUGAUCCUGAUGGGAAAUUACGUGAACGCAAUGUUAUCCAUACAUAUAAGCAUGGUGGCGGAAGCAUCAUGAUCUGGGGCUGUUUUUGUUGGUCAGGGCCCGGGUUUAUCACCAAAAUUCAAGGAACCAUGAAUGCCGACCUCUAUUGCAGCAUUUUAGAUGAUGAAUUCAAGCAAUGA